AUGCGGCGACGAAGUGAAAGAAAGAAGUCGACUGAUGUAGCGUCUCCAGCUCUGGCGUCCCGUCGUACAAGUCGACGGUCUCGCCAAACAUCUGAAACUGCUAGUGAAAAAGGCGCACAUCCUGAAAUGUCUACUCAAGAUGAUGUUACAGAAAAGUGUAUCGCGAAGGCAGAUUGCCCGGAAGAAAGUACUAACGAGGAACCAGCAGUAGAAACUGCUAAGAGUCGUUCACGUAAUCGAACACCGGUAAAGGAUCGAAGCAGUCCCGCCAAACGCAAAGCUCAAAAUAUUACCAAUGAUCCCAAAAUUGACGUUAUUCCUGAAGAGAAUAUCUCCGUAAAAGAAGAUUGUCCAGUUGAUAAUAAAACUGGAAAUGACGAUAAUCAAAAUGUUGAAGAGGCACAAAAAACUAAUACAGAUUUAACAGAGGCAGCAGUAUCAUCAAGCCCAAAAACGAAUGUUGAUAUGAUGAAACCAUUAGAUGUUUUGGAAAUUCAAGCAGAAGAUAAUGAGGAAGAAAAGUUACAAACGCAAGAUGUGUUAAGUAAAAAUGAAAAAAUGUUAGAAAAUGUUGUAGGGUCAGAGAAAAAAGAUGAUGAAAACAGCAUAAAUGAAGAAUUAAAUAAAGUUGAUCAAGAAGAAAUGCAAGGCUCUACCAAAAAUGCUGUAAAUGAAAAGACGGAUCCAUCGCCUACAGACGAAGUAACUGUUACCGAAGAAAAAACGGAUCAAAUUGUUAAUAAACGUAAGUGGAUUACAAAGAGGACUGUUCAAAAUCGUAGUCCAUUGCUUGUCAUAACUACUGAAACAUCGAUCCCUGAAGAUGUGCACUCUGUACCGAAACAGAAAAUACGGUCUUCACCAGAAAUACAAGAAAUAAUCUCGGAACGUGAAGAAGGCGAGGAGACUCCGUCUCCAGAAAGAGAAGUUCACAGAACCAGUACUAAUAGUACUGAAAAACCUAUACGUAAUCAAAUAGAAUUAACUUCUGCCCCAAGAACUGUUAGCAAAGUUAAUAUAAAAGUUGAACACCGUUCCCCGAGUCCGAGAAAUAAAAAAGCGAGUAAUGUACUUUUCAUAACAAAUCUUGUGAGACCUUUCACGGUAUUACAACUGAAAGGUUUGCUAGCCCGUACAGGCAAACUUGUUGAGGAUGGCUUUUGGAUUGAUCGUAUCAAAUCAAAAUGCUAUGUACAAUAUGAAACAGAAGAUGAAGCUAUUGAAACCCGUCAUGCACUACAUGGAGUACGUUGGCCAGUUUCAAAUCCGAAAUGCUUAAUAGUUGAUUUUGCUAAGAGAGCUGAUAUGGAUAGGGCCAUUCAAUCUACCAAAGAAGAACAAACUAGUUUUGGUCAAGAGAAUCACAGAGAUAAUGUACUCAUAGGCAUGGGUUGGAAUAGAGACAGGAAUGGUGUUGAUGAGAAACGGAUUGCUGAAAAAGAGGCAUUCCGACAGAAACGACUUGAAGAGCAUAAGCAGCGUAUUAAGCAAAGAGAGUUGGAAAAGGGGAAGGAAAGAGAGAAAGAACGGAAUCGGAUCAAUGAACGAAGGGAUCGUGAAAAAGAAAGGGAUCAAAGACGCAAUAGAUCCAGUGAUCGUCGCUCUCGUAGUCGCGAUCGACGCCGUUACUAA